AUGAGCCUAGCCCGGGAGUACGACGUCUCGAAGAAGCUGGGCGAGGGCACGUAUGGCGUCGUCUACUUGGGUCACCACAAGGAGACUGGCCGCCCCGUUGCCCUCAAGAAGAUCGCCCUCGACCGUGACAACGAGGGAGUGCCGAGCACUUGCAUCCGCGAGAUCUCGAUCCUGAAGACGUUGAACCACUGCAACGUGGUCAAGCUCUACGACGUCAUUCAAGGAUCGAUGAAGCUCUACCUCGUCUUCGAGUACAUCGAGCGAGACCUGAAGAUGCUUCUCGAUCGACUACCGAACAAGCGACUCCCCAUCGACUAUUCAAAGAGCUUCCUCUUCCAACUGCUCCAAGCGCUCGCCUACUGCCACGUGCGCCGCGUUCUCCACCGGGACCUGAAGCCGCAGAACAUCCUCGUCAACAACAAAGGUGUGAUCAAGCUGGCCGACUUCGGCCUCGCGCGAUCCCUUUCACUGCCCAGUCGAGUCUACACGCACGAGGUGGUCACACUGUGGUAUCGGGCACCAGAGGUACUCCUCGGCUCGGCCUACUAUUCGUCUGGCGUCGACGUCUGGAGCCUGGCGUGCAUCUUCGCCGAGAUGGUGCGCGGUAAGCCGUUGUUCGCCGGCGACUCCGAGAUCGACCAACUCUACACCAUCUUCCGCAUUCUCGGCACGCCCAACGAGGAGUCGUGGCCCGGCUGCAUCAAGAUGCCCGGCUUUCAAGCAACGUUCCCAAAAUGGUCCUACAACGAGCUGCAAUUCAAGGCCGAGAUGCGCCCGCUCAACGACGACGGCUACGAUCUGCUACGGCAAAUGCUCCUCUACCCGAACGCGACGCGCUACACGGCCAAGCAUGCCCUCCAACAUAGAUAUCUACGGGAUAUCCGCGUCGACUUGGACCCGGUCACCACGCUCAUCGACGAGGUCGACGCAUCGCCUCAAAGGGUAAACGAGGAAGACUUUGACGAGAACGACUUC